UGGCUGGUUAGCAGGGCCCUCAGGGCAGCAUCACAAGGCAGCAGACCUCCCAGCUGGCUGGUGAGCCAAGGAAAAUGUCUCCAGCCAGGGGACAGGGUGCUAGGAAUCAGGGCUGCAGCCCCAUCUUCAGUUCAUGGAGUGCAAGAGUUUUCCAGCUGUUCCUGCCUCUCUCCUGCGGGGCUCUUUCGCAGCCCGAGAUCUCCCCUGGCUUUGGGGAGCAGCGUGUUCUCCCAAAAUGAUGGAAAAUGAAGUGUUCCUGUCAUUCACGUUCUACAGCACAAUUCUGAUUUUAAAAAUGUAUGUCGUUGCCAUCAUUACGGGGCAAGUGAGACUCAGAAAGAAGGCAUUUGCAAACCCAGAGGAUGCCCUACGCAAUGGGGGGCUGCAGUUCUGCCGCGAGGACCCUGAUGUGGAGCGGUGCCGCAGGGCCCACCGCAACGACAUGGAGAACAUCUUUCCCUUCCUCUUCCUUGGAGCCAUCUACUCCCUGCUGGAUCCCAGUCCCACAGUGGCCAGGAUCCACUUCCUCAUCUUCUGCGUGGGACGGAUCGUGCACACCAUUGCCUACCUGCUGCAGCUGAGGGCACCCACCCGCUCCGUGGCCUACAGCGUGGCUCAGCUGCCCUGCUUCUCCAUGGCCCUGCAGAUCCUGCUGGCCACCACCCCGUACUGGUAACAGCCAGAGAGACCCACCAGCCAAACCCCCUCAUCCUGACUCUGCUGGGCCCCCUGAGAGUGGGAGAGAGUGAGAGAGAGAGAGAGAGAGAGUAUAUGUGUGAGCUGUCAGCAGGGAGGUCACCUGCACCCUGAGGAUGUUCAGUGCAGCCUUGAUGAAAUUCCCCUGCCAUCAGAAUCCAGAGAGCAGGGACAUGCAGGAAGGGGAUGUGGAGGCAGGUUUCUCUCUCUCCUGCUGAGGAUGAGAGAUGGAAGCACAUGGACUACCCCUGAGGAAGGGGUCAUUGAAGGAAAGGUUUUCUGUGUUUGGAACUGUGACUGUGACCUUUUCCUCCUGGUCAUGAAUAUCCCAUGAAUCAGGAAGGGAAAAUCAUGAGGGUCCCACAAAGCCUCUUAGUCAGCAGAUGUGGUUGGUUGCAGAGGUUAUAAAGCAGCCACCCUUCUCCUGCCCAGACAUGUGCAUCUCUGGGAAUGUGAAUCUCUUAGGAUUAAGUCCCUUAGGUUCCCUCUCCACCAAGGAGGACAGGAGGCAGGCUGUCAGGGAGGUCCAAAUCUCAGGGGUGAUGUUGUGAAGCCACUGGAGCGUUCAGUGCUCCCUGUGCCACCUCGUCUCACACCACAGCACACAGCUCCCUGCCAGGAGCCCCACUGCAGGCAGGACCUGGAGCUCCUGGCAGCUCCCAGCCAGCAGCAGCUGAGGCUUUUCCAUCUCAGCCUCACCACAGCAAGAUGCAGAGUGACAUGCCUGGGGAAGCCAGCAGGAAUCCUUUUCCCUGGACACACAGCCUGAACACAUUUGCCGGACACAAAGUUGUGGGACUUCUGGAAUGUCUGAAAUGCUGGCACAAAACAGGGGGUUUGCAGACUGAGUUUUCUCCCAAAGGGCAGUCUAGUCCACAUGCCACUAAUACCUGAAAAUGCCCCCAGGGCAUCAGACUGAGUUUCUCCCCCCUGUUUGUAGCCUUUCUCUUGCCCAUUGCUAUUUGGGAAAUGUGCCCUGAUUGCCUUAGGGGAGUUUUCUUUCAGCUAUUUCCUGCUGUCCACUGCUGCCACGCCAUUCACAGCCUGGAGCAGCUGGUGUUUGCAGAAGGCUCUGGAAAUGAGCUGAGAGGCUUUGAAGGGAGCAUUGCUGCUCUGCAGGGUCACCCAAAAGUGUCGUGUUGGGACCAGGGUACUGCAUGGUGACAAGGGCCCAGGAGCUCCUCUGCCACACAGCCGUCCCCAGGUGCCAGGUGCUGCUCCCAGCAGCAGCAAUGGAGCAUCCCUCUGGAGGAGAAGGCAGGAGGAAACCUCUGCUCUUCAGUGCCUCCUCCCUCCUCUGAGGGCAACACAGAAUUUGAAAAACAUCACAGGGGCAAGCCAGAAUGAGUAGAAAAUAAAUUUCCCUUCCACCUGUCCUGUGCACUAGGGCUGCCCCUUUGACUCUGCUCUCCUCAGAGAUCUCUUGCUGACCCUCACUGAGCACUGGGGACACACCUGCUCAGACUAAUGCUCAGCCUUUGCUCAGCUCAGUAGAAGUUUCUGAACCAGUAACUCCAUCCCAGAGCAGUUGUGGCCUCAGGCUGAGCUGUGUGGUGAAGGUUGGAGUGGAAUUCUUUGCUCUCCCACUGCGAGGAAGGUGGGCAAGAUUGCAGGUUCAGCACUUCACUCUUGGCCACUUCUCCUUCCCACAGAUGUCUGGGUAACACAGACCCCUCUUAACAAAUCUUUUCUGCUUCACAUGGUGCACAAAGUCUUGCACUCCUGUAUGUUUCACUGCUGCUGCACAUGCAUCCUGGUGGCAGGAAGCAAAUAUUCCCAAUAAAAACAAAUCAUUGUGCUCUGA